GUCACCGACGAGGCCCGUAUCUCACAGUCGGCAGCACAACGCUACAUUGAUCUCACAACUAAUCCUCCUACUUACAAUACGCAGACUGUUUGAAAAUGACAUCAAUAGACGAAACUCACGAUACCACCAUGCCCGCUGCCUCCGCCGACGAGAUACAGCUCACGCUCACACAUCACGGCAAACCGGUCACAUUCUCCUUCGCACAAGACGCUACCAUAUCGGAUCUCUCCGAAAGAGUCUCCACAGAGCUCUCGAUACCCCCGUCAAAUCAAAAAUUCCUCAUCAACCCGAAGCUAGGCCUGCAGAAACCGCCCUUCAAAGACCCCUCCAUACCCAUCUCCGAGCUUGCCUCCAAGAAGAUAACCCUCAUGGGCAGCACGACCGCCGAAGUCUCCUCCCUCAACGCCAGCAUCUCCGCCACCACCGCGCCUCGAAGACCCAGCCCCAUCAAAGCCGCAACCCCCGCGCGAAACCGAGACUGGAACAAAGUGCAGGAAGAGGCGCAGUACACGUUCCACACCCUCCGACCGCUCCCUUACCUCCCGAACCCAGACCGCAGUCUGCGCUUCCUCGAGCGCCUGCGCGACGACGCAGGUAUCAAAUCCGCGAUGCGCACGCACAAAUUCAGCGUGCCCCUUCUUACAGAGAUGGACCCCGCCAUGCACACAACGCACGAAUCGCGCACGCUGGGGCUGAACCGCAACUGUGGCGAGGUCAUCGAGCUACGUUUACGAACAGACGCGUACGACGGCUACCGCGACUACAAGACGAUACGCAACACGCUCUGUCACGAGCUGGCACAUAAUGUGUGGGGCCCGCAUGAUAGGAACUUUUGGGAGCUGUGUAAGCAGAUUGAGAGGGAGGUUGAGAGGGAUGAUUGGCGGAGUGGCGGGAGGAGCGUGGCGGAUGUGGAGUAUGCGGAUGCGCCCGAGGAUAUGUGUGAUCAUGGAGGAUGGACAGGCGGGGAGUUUGUGCUUGGUGGUGGAGGAGGAGGGGAAACGGUGGUGAGUAGUGCGGGUGGUGGGAGUGUGCCCGCCGGGAGUCUGAGUAGAAGGGACAUAUUAGCGAGGGCUGCGGAGGAGAGGAUGAAGAAGGCUAAGCAGGCUGAGGAGCAGAGUAAGGGUGGUUCCGCGUCAUGAGGAGAGGAUAUGCUGGGAAGAUGUUACUUCUCCUUGUUGCGUUCAGCGCCGCAAUACCGUUUGGGAGAGACUUCGGGGUAAGGGGGACCGGGACCAUCCGCACACCCUACAAGCAGCCGACCAAAAGGGUCAAGGUUUGAUGUAGUAGACGCGAACGGAGCAGACACAGUAAGUAGUAUAGUAUCGACUAGGCCUGCCACCACCAGGCAAUUCUUAAUGUCACGAUUUUACAG